CUUAAGCCAAGCCUUCUUAAGGCAGACAGGUGAACCUGGAGCCUUGCAGGGUGGGGACCAUCAAGUGUCCCAGGCAGACGCAGUCCCACUAGUGUCCUCCCGCAGGUGGCGCCAGAGUGUAGACCCGCCUCCAGGCCAGAGUCCUGCGGGGCGUGGCGAGGGCAGGCCCUAGCGUCCCUGGGUGUCAGAGCGCAGCGACAGAGUCACCACCGCGGGACACACGAACGGACCGGACACACAGACACACAGACGGACAGCGGGAACCCCCAGGGCCAUGACGGAGCGCACGGGCCGCCGCUGCUGCCUGGGCUGCGACUUCAGCACGCAGCAGGUUAAAAUUGUUGCUGUUGACGAAGAGUUGAAUGUCUUCUAUGAGGACAGUGUGCAUUUUGACAGAGACCUUCCUGAAUUUGGAACUCAGGGCGGUGUCCAUGUACACAAGGACAGGCUGACGGUCACCUCUCCAGUCCUGAUGUGGGUCCAGGCUCUGGACCUGAUCCUGGAGAAGAUGAAGGCUUCUGGCUUUGACUUCUCUCAAGUUCUAGCCUUAUCUGGAGCAGGCCAGCAACAUGGCAGCGUUUACUGGAAGAUUGGAGCCAGCCUGGCGCUGUCAAGACUGUCACCAGCUCUCCCGUUACACCAGCAGCUGCAGGACUGCUUCUCCAUCAGUGACUGCCCAAUAUGGAUGGACUCCAGUACCACAGCCCAGUGCCGCCAGCUAGAGGCUGCCGUGGGUGGAGCCCGGGCUCUCAGCUGCCUCACGGGGUCCCGGGCCUAUGAGCGCUUUACAGGGAACCAGAUAGCAAAGCUUUUCCAGCGAAACCCCGAGGCCUACGCAAACUCCGAGAGGAUUUCCUUGGUCAGCAGCUUUGCUGCUUCACUGUUCCUGGGUGGGCACUCGCCCAUCGACUACAGUGACGGGUCUGGAAUGAAUUUGUUGCAGAUCCAGGAAAAAGUCUGGUCCCAGGCUUGCCUUGAUGCCUGCGCCCCCAAUUUGGAGGAGAAACUCGGCUCACCAGUUCCUUCAUGCUCAGUUGUGGGAGCCAUUUCCUCCUACUAUGUCCAGCGCUAUGGAUUCCUUCCCACAUGCCAAGUGGUGGCUUUCACUGGGGACAACCCAGCGUCACUGGCAGGCAUGAGGCUGGAGGAAGGUGACAUUGCGGUCAGCCUGGGCACCAGCGACACCCUAUUUCUCUGGCUCCAAGAGCCCCUGCCUGCCCUGGAGGGCCACAUCUUCUGCAACCCAGUCGAUACGCAGCAGUACAUGGCACUCCUGUGCUUUAAAAACGGCUCCCUUAUGAGAGAGAAGAUCCGGGACGAGUCUGCUUCCGGUUCCUGGAACAAGUUCUCUAAGGCCCUGCAGUCCACGGAGAUGGGGAACAACGGAAACGUGGGUUUUUAUUUCGAUGUAAUGGAGAUCACCCCUGAAAUUGUCGGGCGUCAUAGGUUUAAUGCAGAAAACACUGAGGUCUCAGCAUUCCCUGGGGAUGUAGAGAUUCGAGCCCUGAUCGAAGGACAGUUCAUGGCCAAGAGGAUUCACGCAGAAGGCUUAGGCUACCGAGUCAUGCCCAAGACAAAAAUUCUGGCCACAGGAGGAGCGUCUCACAAUAAAGACAUCUUACAGGUGCUCGCAGAUGUUUUUGGGGCCCCCGUGUAUGUCAUGGACACCACCAGCUCAGCCUGUGUGGGCUCUGCAUACCGAGCUUUUCAUGGUCUUGCAGGAGGAGCAGGUGUGGCGUUUUCAGAGGUUGUGAAAUCAGCCCCUCAUCCCAGCCUGGCUGCCACCCCCAGGCCAGGGGCUUCCCAGGUCUAUGAAGCGCUUCUCCCUCGGUACGCUGAGCUUGAACAGAGAGUCUUGUCUGGGGCCCAGAGGCCUCUGGAAUGAGGUUUGUGCACCCUGGCAGCUGCUGCCUCCUGCCGGCCCAGACUCCCCAGUGGCACUUGCCUCCUUGCUGGUUCUGAGCAGCGCCUGGGCUGUCCUGUCCUGGACCAUCCUGAAGCUGGCCGUGACUCCCUGCAGACAUGUGGGCUGCCCAUGUCCCAGGAUGGGACAGCAACUCUCCUUUCUGCCUUCCAUUCCUAGAGGCAGGAAAACACAGUGUGGGGUCUGGCCACCAGAGAUGAUCACCUUCCCCUUUCAAAGGCAGAAAGCAAGCUCUUUCAGGACCAAACUCAGCCGAAUAGGGGGACAGCCUUCUCCCCGACUGACCCCUCCCCGGUCCUCACUCCACGCUGGGACCGCUCCCUCCAUCCUUCCCUGCAAACCAGACUUUACCCUUCCCCCACCCUCCCAGCUGUUUCUACACCGCCCUGUUUCUUUAGGUGCCUUCCCAGGGUCCUCUCCUGUCUGCCCAUCUCCUCUCUCCCUUCAUCCUUCCCUCCCCUUACCUAUCUGGUAUAACUUCCCACUUAAGGUGAACUUCGUGGCCUAGUGAAGUUCCUUCCUGUGCCCUCCCCCAGUUCUGUCUACACCUGGCUGGGGCUGACCAGGCCACCUGGCUGGGCCAUUGCCAGGCUAAACACUUUAGGGUUCACCCCUGUUUCAUUGUAGUUCACAUGAUGGCAAAA